AUGGGCGACGAUGAUGGCUUCCAGAAGAGGAGGCACUAUCGGCAGGAAACCCAUCCAGGUCUGCCUCGGAAGAGUGAAUGGAAGACUGCCCGCCCCCGGCUUAUCAGUUGCCUUUUGUGCCCGACUCUGCGCUUGGAUCGUUGCUGUCGUGCCUGCCAGGAUUUGGAACAGCUGGCACAUCGCGCCCUCUCUCUGCAAGAUGAGCCGACCCGCGAUUCGAUGCAUGUGUCGGCUCACGAGUAUUCUUUUGUCUCUUGUCUCUGCUGCACGUUCAAGGAGCAACAAUCGCGGAUUCGCCACCUGGAGAUGCUUUGUCAACAACAAGCCAACGAGCUGGCUCGCGAACGCCAGCGCCUGGUCGAUGUUGAACGCACAUGUGUCUCCUUGGAAGACCAGGUUGAUGCCUUAUCCAAGAACCGAAGGACGCGACAGCAGCCGCGCAGCCUCGACUCGAGUCAGGACUCCUCCCACGCACGACGGAACUCGUUGGACGGCCAGGAUUCCGAUGAUGACGAAGAUGGAGAUGGAGAUGGAGACUCGGGAGAUGAGCAGGCCGAUAUGAGCCACGAUAUGAGCCACAAUACAUCACAUUACCACGAGGCUGGCUUUAUUGAUGAGGAGCUAUUUGACGAUGAAUUUUGGUCUUUUGGCCAACCCCAUGAUCCCGAAAACCCCCCAGCGCGUCUCUACGAGCGACGAUAUUCGCGUGAGGUCGCGCAGCUGUUGCAGACGCGUGAUGAGCGGUUGCGCCUCGAGUCCCAAGUGUACGAGCUUCAACAAGCCCUCCGCUUCCGUGAAGAGCAAUUAAAUGAGGCCAAGGCCCUUCGUGAAGCAACAGCAGAUCCCGUGCACCGUCACUCCGCAUCCGUGUCUGAAGGAUCAAGCGCUCUUCAAAGCCCUGGGCCUCUUGAGCCCGGAGCCAUCUCCCCCCUUGGGCCUGUCUCGCUUGCGGACGAACUGUUGGCCGCCGCUCGAGAAGCCGUGGCGGCUGAUCGCGUUGCCCCUCCUACCACGCCCGUACUCCCACCACCCGCGCAUGGCGCGCCCACCGUUGCUCUGAGCGAUCACGCCCACCCCACCAUGCCCGGCAAAGAGGAUUCGAACAGAGACGAGGACGACUUGUUUCAUGACUGCGAGAGUGAACUCGACCCCGCCCUGGCGUUGGCUCACAAGAUUGAAACGAGCAUCACGGUCAAAGCCAUCCUCGGCUUUCUCGCUGGUGGAGCUCGCAGCCGAGAACAAAUUGAAGAAUACCUGGUGGCACCCCUUCGCCUCGCGGGGUCAGACAAGCGUGAGGCCCUGACCCGUUUGCGCAUUCUCCUUGCUGACCUUGAAUCAAGCGACCGCCUCCUCAUCUUCAUCCGAGAUGAAACCCUCAUGUUCGCACGGCGCUGA